AUGGAAACCAAAAAGAAAAUGAGUAGAUCCUACGAAACCAUAACCACUGUGUUCACGGAGCCGAUCUAUAGGCUCUUGGAAAAAAUCAAGGGAGAACCCUACUUCGUUUCGCCUUCUAAGAUGAUAGGGGACCCUGCUCGGCACAAUCAGGAGUGGCGGUGCACCUAUCAUCGUAAGAAAAGGCAUAAGACGCAGAACUGCAGAGACCUUAAGAGGCAUCUUGAAGACUUGGUCACUGUCGGCCACCUCCAACAAUGGAUUGUUGUGGAGAAGACAAGGGCAAAACAAAGGCAAACCCUUGCCCUUCCACUAGAGGACCAAGCCCCAAGGCUAGUGAUCAACGUCAUCCAUGGAAUGAUCGACCCCCAAAGGAAGAAUGCCAUUCGUGGCAAGAUUCAGAGAGCCAUGCACUUGCAACAAGUCAUGUCAGUAGGACCAUUGCUCAAGAAGUCCAGAAUGGAAGUAAAGCCUUCUCAGUUUGACAUUGUGCUCUCUGAGAAGGAUUUGGAAGGGAUCCAACAUCCUCACACUGAUGCCCUGAUCGUCACCAUCGGUGUGACGAACAAAUUUGAUGUGAAACGGGUCCUAAUUGAUAAAGGGAGCGCCGUUGACAUUAUGUAUUAUGACCUUUUCAAAAAGCUGGGUCUUGAUGAGCAACACUUAAUCCCCGCAAUCUCCCCUCUAGUUGGCUUUAAUGGACAGACAGAGUGGUCACUCGGCCGGAUCACCUUGUCCGUCACAGCAAAGUCCAAAGUGGUCCCUGUCGACUUCUUGGUGAUCAAUACUUUAUCUCCUUACAAUGCAAUCCUUGGUCGACCUUAG